GUGUGCGUGCAGGUGUGGGUAGCUAACUUCGAGCACUCACGCGUCAACACGUGUUCUCUGUAUGCCAGCCCCACCGGCCUCAGCCCGUACCUGCGCUUCGGGUGCUUGUCCUGCAGGGUUCUGUACUACAACCUCAGAGAGCUCUACAUGAAGCUGCGGAAGCGUACCAGUCCUCCUCUGUCACUGUUUGGACAGUUGCUGUGGAGAGAGUUCUUCUACACUGCCGCCACCAACAACCCCAACUUUGACCGCAUGGAGGGAAACCCCAUCUGUGUCCAGAUCCCAUGGGACCAGAACCCAGAGGCACUGGCUAAGUGGGCGGAGGGUCGGACCGGUUUCCCCUGGAUUGACGCCAUCAUGACUCAACUGAGACAGGAAGGCUGGAUCCACCACCUGGCUCGACACGCUGUGGCCUGUUUCCUCACCCGAGGAGACUUGUGGAUCACCUGGGAGAGCGGCAUGAAGGUGUUUGAGGAGCUGCUCCUCGAUGCAGACUGGAGUGUGAACGCUGGCAGCUGGAUGUGGUUGUCCUGCAGCGCCUUCUUCCAACAGUUCUUCCACUGCUACUGUCCCGUGGGCUUUGGAAGGAGGACCGACCCAUCAGGAGACUACAUCAGGCGCUACGUCCCCGUCCUGAAGGAUUAUCCCAACCGCUACAUCUACGAGCCGUGGAACGCUCCGGAGUCGCUGCAGAAGGCGGCGAACUGUGUGGUGGGUGUGGAUUAUCCCAAACCUAUGAUCAACCACGCAGAGGGAAGUCGACUCAACAUCGAGAGGAUGAAGCAAGUUUAUCAGCAGCUGUCGCACUACAGAGGACUCAGCCUACUAGCAUCAGUACCAACAAUCCAGGAGGAGGCGGAGCCACCAAUGACGGAUGAGUCUCAGACGAGCAGCGGCCCUGACUCUCCUCCCCGAGUUCCUGUCCACAGAGAACCAGCCAUCUGCUCCCCGGCUCCUGAUUCGUCCAUAGUCUGUGGCUCCUCCUCCUCCUCGGGAGACGCUUGCUCGCUGCAGACGCUCCACUCAUCCUCGCAGCCUUCUCCCGCCGCCACGUCCAAGUCUGCCGCCGCAGCUCCGCCCCCUCCGGCUUCAUCCCCCGUCCACAGUCCUCUGAAUCUGCCCUCCCCUUCCUCCUCAUGUCCUACUUUGUCCCCGGCCCCGAGUCUAGCCGCAACCUCUGCUCAGACUUUUCCAAAGAGGAAAGGCCCCGCCCACAAGGUUUGUCGCAGUCGGAGACUCCGAGGAAGUCGGAGCAGAGAGGAAGGGGGGGGAGGAGAGGAGGAGGAGGAGGAGGAGGAGACAGGAGCAGAGGAGAAGAUGGAGGAGGAUGUUGAAGAGGAGGAGAAAAUGGAGGAAGAGGAUUGAGGAGAAAGUGCUGCACAUCAGCUGUGACUCCAGGUACAAAAUAAUCAUACUCC